CGGCUGGAGUUGGAGCACGGCUGGUCGACCGUCGAGGAGUGGGCGCCUGAUGGCAUCAAGGGCCCCCACGAGACCGCCUUCGGGGCAUUGAAGAAGAUCGCCGACAUCGCCGCGUACAGCCGUCUCGACGUACCUGGGAUGAAGCAGCCAGUGAAGACAGCCAAUCGGUUGUGCGACCUCUUGAAGGAGAGCCCCGAGGCGUUGUUGAAGGUCUCUGGCGUGACAGUGUCUGCGGAAGACAACGUAGAGGGGCUGCAGUCGCUGUUCUCCCUCGCGCUGGGCACGGCGGCGCGCGUGCGCAGGGCCUUGGGCCACAGCGUUCUGGCCAGAGCCAAGGGUGCAGCAGAACAGUCUCUGAAGCGCGUGGACUCGGCGGCGUGGCAACGGAAGGAAUUGCAGGCCUUCUUGAAUAUCUCCAAGCUGCUGAGCGCGGAGCCGCCCGAGGACACCUGGAAGGAAGCGGACAUGUGGCUGUGCAGCGUCGCGGCCGUCGCCGACGCCAAGGAGCUUGCCGAGCAGGCCGGGGGCGAGCUGAACCUGGAGCUGUGGGAGAACGCGAGCGACGCCGUGCGCCAGCUCGGGGACACGGUGCAGCCGGAGCGCGCCUUCCAGACGGUCAUCGCGAAGACUUUCGACGCUUCUCUGGAAGAUGUGGAGGCAGCAGUGGGGGCCAGCAAGGAGCUGCACGCGCAGGCCGUGCCAUGGCUGGAGAAAGUCGCGCAGGAGCGGGCUGAACGCUCCGUCAAGCGGUUCGACGCCGAGCCAGCCGUGCGCGCCGCGAAGGAGCUUCUUGAGAGGAGCCCCAUCCCCGAGACGCUGCAGGAAGCGGCCGAGUUCUUAAAGGUUGUCGGUGGCACCGUGGACAUGCCGGAGACCUUCGGCGGCAAGGGUGGGAAGAUGGUUGAUGCUGUCAACAAGGUGAUCGGCGGCUUCUCUCUCAUAAAGGAGGUGUGCCGCGACCCCCAUCUUGAGUCGCAGGUGGGCUCCAUGACGUCACAGUUGCGACAGCGGCUCUUCCUGGUCGCCUGGUGCGCGAACGUGACGUCGUCGAUUUGGGAGGCGAAAGGCCAGUCGAGGAUUCUGACCCAGCAGAAGCAGAAGGUCCGCGAUGCCAUGAAGAACCUCAUCAGCGUCGCAGAGGAGCCUGACAAGACGAAGGAGGAGUUUCCCGCGCUCGAGGGCCGCCUGAUCCCCGAGAUCCUUCUGAACGCGGGGAAGGCGAUCCUCGCCGGCCGCGCAGUGAGCGGGGAGAGCGAGGCGGAGGGCGCCAGCGGUGCAGCAGACAGCGCGCCUGGGAGCGGGGCCGGCGGCACUGACCAGAAAGGGUGCGCCCGGGCUGCGCCCGGGGCCGCCAAGAGGGCCAGGGUGGGCGACGCGGCGUCGUUUCCAAAGGCGACGCCGCAUUCCCCAGCGUCCGCGCGCAAGGCCGCGUAG